ACAGUAAAAUCAAAUUCAACCUCUGAGAGGGAACGCGAAGAUGCAGAAGUGGAGAGCUACUCAUCGGUUGAUCACGCGCUCAUCGCGAAGCCUCUUUGACCAUCCCUCCAACUCUAAUUCCCUGUACUCAAUCCAGUUUCCAGGUGCAGCUAUCAAUUAAAUCAUAUAAUUGAUCUGUAUAGGUACCCUUUCCGCUAGAAUUCGUAGACAUAUCUGUUCAUCAACGUUUUAGGGCUGAAACAAUUGAAUUAUGCGAUCUACUAAUCAGAAUGGUUAUACAUGUCACUUUGGUGGGGCUUCUAGGCUACUCGAAUCGUUCCUUCUUCCACAUCCCAAGCGAAACCUAUCAACAUGGGUUCAUCCCUUCAGAGAAUUUGCAGGUCGCAGAUUCAUUUUGGCAAAAGGGUUUGCUGAACAUUCACCCAGAAUUCAUGGUAGAUUCUUUGGCUCAGAACCAGUAGUGUUGCAGAGGAACCCGUUGUUUCAAUCCAUAAAUGCCGAGGAUAUCGCCUACUUUAAGGAAAUUUUAGGGGUGAAAAAUGUAAUUCAGGAUGAAGAGAGACUGCUUGUUGCAAAUACGGAUUGGAUGCGGAAAUACGAAGGCUCAAGCAAGAUUUUGCUUCAACCUAAGAGCACUGAGGAGGUUUCUCAGAUUCUUAAGUACUGCAACUCUAGAUGUCUGGCUGUUGUUCCUCAAGGUGGAAAUACAGGUCUUGUUGGGGGAAGUGUUCCUGUCUUUGAUGAGGUUAUUAUCAAUAUGAGUUUAAUGAAUAGCAUCAUUGCCUUUGACAAGGUAAGUGGCAUCCUUGUAUGUGAAGCAGGAUGCAUACUGGAGAACCUGAUUUCUUUCCUGGAUAAUGAGGGGUUUAUUAUGCCACUAGACUUGGGUGCAAAAGGAAGCUGCCAAAUCGGUGGAAAUGUCUCAACUAAUGCUGGCGGUUUGCACUUUGUCCGGUAUGGAUCACUUCAUGGGAAUGUACUAGGUCUUGAAGCUGUUUUAGCCAAUGGUACUGUGCUUGACCUGCUUGGGACACUACGUAAGGAUAAUACUGGGUAUGACUUGAAGCAUUUGUUUAUAGGAAGUGAAGGAUCCCUGGGAAUCAUAACUAAAAUCUCCAUAGUUACGCCUCCAAAACUGUCAUCAGUAAAUCUUGCUUUUCUUGCUUGUAAAGACUACAUCAGCUGCCAGAAUCUACUAUUGGAAGCCAAAAGGAAGCUCGGGGAAAUUCUAUCUGCAUUUGAAUUUUUGGAUAGCAGUGCAAUGGAUCUGGUCCUUAAUCACUUGGAAGGUACUAGAAAUCCAUUACCACCUUCAAUCCACAACUUCUAUGUUCUGAUUGAGACAACAGGCAGUGAUGAAUCUUAUGACAGAGAGAAACUUGAAGCCUUCCUACUUCGUUCAAUGGAAGGUGGUUUGGUAUCUGAUGGUGUUCUGGCCCAAGACAUAAAUCAAGCAUUAUCCUUCUGGCGUAUCCGUGAGGGUAUACCAGAAGCAUUAAUGAGAGCAGGGGCUGUGUACAAAUAUGAUUUAUCAAUACCUGUUGACAAGAUGUAUGAUCUUGUAGAGGCAAUGCGGAUACGUAUUGGUUCUUCAGCUAAAGUGGUGGGAUACGGACACCUUGGAGAUGGUAAUCUGCAUCUUAAUAUAUCACUUCCAGAGUAUGAUGAUACUGUUUUAGCAAAAACUGAACCUUUUGUUUAUGAAUGGACAUCCAAACAUCGUGGGAGCAUCAGUGCUGAGCAUGGCCUUGGACUAAUGAAAGCUAAUAAAAUACACUACAGCAAAUCUCCUGAAAGUGUGCACUUAAUGGCUUCCAUCAAGAAGUUGCUGGACCCUAAUGGGAUACUCAACCCAUAUAAGGUGCUUCCAACGUCCCUCAUGUCCUGAACUGGAGUCUGUCAUGUGUAUUAGAUUUGCCAUAAGAUGCAGUGACUGAGAUGCAGCCAGCUGAAUUGUGAGGAAUUGACUCAACGAGCAUAUGAAGUCUUCAUGGAGGCUAAGUGGAAAAUAUCUGACAGGCAAGAUCUCUCGGUGACAAUCACAGUAUGAUCAGUGUUGUUCACAGUGAUGAUCCUUCAUGUUCCUCAAUGCAGUUGACACUUGUUCAUUAUGGUGAUGUACUAAUUUGCUGGUGGCAAUUGACUAUCAUUGCUUGAAGUACUUGUUUUCAACUUCAUGCAACUUGUAUACAUCGGUAAUCACUUGCAGGAACCAUGUAAAAUAUGUUCAUUCAAGUGAUAACCCAAUUAGCUGACCCUUCCUUAUGGAUUAAA